UUGCUUGUAUGCAGCGCUGCCUUGAGCCCAUAGGCUGGAACCCCGGAACGCGUAUUUAUCAUGGUCUAGUCUUCAUCCGGGAUUGCUUUCCACACUGCAUGCAACUUUUUUGUGACAGAAAGAAACCGUAUCACGUCGUUUUCUUCAAAACGGGCCGUCAAUGUUUUAGACAGAAAAGGAAUAAACAUAGGACCCGAGACAAAAAAGGAAGAGCGGGCGUUAAUUCUGUACAAUUUAAAAUAUACGUGAAGAAUCUAUAAACGUUUUAGAAAUGGGAACUCAGGGAACUGGGAGGAAAAGAAUUCCCAACAGAGAAAGACUGACGGCAGAAGACGAUGCCCUGAAUCAAAUUGCAAGAGAGGCCGAGGCCAGGCUAGCUGCGAAGCGAGCAGCAAGAGCAGAGGCCCGGGAGAUCAGAAUGAAGGAGCUGGAGAGACAACAGAAAGAGAUCUAUCAGGUUCAAAAGAAAUACUACGGUCUGGAUAACAAAUGGGGCGAUAUCGAGCAGUGGAUGGAGGACAAUGAGAGGUACUCCCGCCGCACACGGAGAAACACCUCGAUCUCAGACGAUGAUGAGCGGAUGUCUGUUGGGAGCCGCGGGAGUCUGAGGUCAGACCUAGACUCUGUCACUGCCGAUGGAGGGGCUGGGUCUCGCAAGAAGUCCAAGAAGAAGAAACACUCGAAAGCAAUCAAUGGUUUUGAUGAAGGGUACCAUGGAUCAACUCAGAGUAGAAAGUCCAGUAGGAGCUCAAGGCACAGUGAUGAGAGUAGAAUUUCAAAGUCUUCAAGACAUGAUCUACAGCUGGGGAAUUACUGCUCUUCUGACCUGUACAGCAACAGCAGCCUCUCCUCCUCCAAACUGCAGUCCACUCAAAAUGGAGCCCGGCCUUCCAUGCUAUAUAGUGAUGCUCCCCAAUAUCGGAGUUACAGGGGCUCUGUUUACGAGGACAGUGUAUGCAGCGCAGCCCGGCGGUUUAAUGGCUCUAACUCUCGAGCUCCAUCGGAGUACAGUGGCUUUCUGGGGUCCAACUCGCGUGCUUCUUCCAGGGCCAGUUCUGCUCGCGCCAGCCCUGUGUCUCAGGAGGACUGCAGCUCGGUGGCAGGGUUCCUGCGCAGUGCAGCUAGCAGCAGCAGUGUCCUGAGAGACCUGGAUGAUGUCACUAUCCCUGAUCUGCCCGACGUGGAAGAGAGGUCAGACAGGGAUUUCCUGGAAAAGGGAUCUCGGACGGCUUCCACGUUGUCAGCUGCUACCCUUGCCUCCCUGGGAGGGUCAUCUUCUCGGAGAGGGAGUGGGGAUACCUCCAUCUCUGCUGACACAGAAGCCUCUAUUCGAGAGAUUAAGGAUAUUCAUGAGCUGAAGGAUCAGGUUCAGGAUGUGGAACUCAGAUAUAUACAGGGGCUCAAAGAAGUCAAGGACUCUCUGGCUGAAGUGGAGGAGAAGUAUAGGAAAUCCAUGGUAUCCAAUGCCCAGAUGGACAAUGAGAAGUCUAAUCUGAUGUACCAGGUGGACACGCUGAAGGACUCCCUGAUGGAGCUGGAGGAGCAGCUCUCAGAAACCAGGAGAGCAUAUGAAGAAAAAACUAAAGAAUAUGAAAGAGAGAGGCAUGCCCACAGCGUGUUACAGUUCCAGUUUAACGAGAUGAAAGAGACUCUCCGACAAAGUGAAGAAUUAUUAACUGAGGUCCGCCAGCUGCGACUGAAGCAGGAUGGCUAUGUUAGGGAGGUUUCUGACCUGCAGGAAACCCUGGAGUGGAAGGAUAAAAAGAUUGGGGCCUUAGAGAGGCAGAAGGAAUAUUCUGACGCCAUCCGGAAUGAGCGGGAUGAGCUCAGGGAUGAAGUGGUCCUACUGAAGGACGUUCUGAAGAGACACGGGAUUGUUCUGGGCCAGAGCGCAGCCACUAAUGGGGAGGCCGGCGAGGGUGGUCCUGACAGACCGGCCAAUGUGGACUCCUCCCCAGUGUCAGCUCAGGACCCCUCUCAGACUCUGCACUCUAGUGGGGAUGGACUGCUAGAGAUUCGACUGAGAAAGCUGGUCGACGAACGGGAGAGUUUAGUAGAGCAGGUGAGGAAGCUUAAGGCGCAGAUUGAGGACAAGCAGAAGAAUGGGACAGGGGAAAGUGCAGGAACUGAGAACACCAUUCUGGAAAAUGGCACAGAUGUGCACGUCCUAGAUUUACAGAGAGAUGCUAACAGGCAAAUUAGUGACCUGAAAUUCAAGCUAGUAAAAUCUGAACAGGAAGUAACGGCUUUGGAGCAAAAUGUUGCACGAUUGGAAGGCCAGGUGUCCCGGUACAAAUCUGCUGCUGAGAAUGCUGAAAAGGUAGAAGACGACCUUAAAGCAGAGAAACGCAAACUACAGAGAGAGCUCCGUUCAGCGCUGGAUAAGAUUGAUGAGCUCGAAGUGAGCAACAGCCACCUUGUAAAGCGUCUGGAGAAGAUGAAAGCCAACAGGAGUGCACUAUUGUCCCAGCAGUAACGGCAGCUUCUGAGCACUGCAGACCAACAACUGAUGGAGCAUCUGAAAUGACGCGUUUGUAACUCAGUGCAUUUCAUCAUAUCAGGCACUAUUUAAAAACCUAGAAAAAAGCGAAAACGAUUAAUAAUGUAAUUGCACACACGCGCUUUGUGCCACUUUUCAUCACAGUAUUUUAUUUAAAAUAAAUAAACCACUUACCAAGCAGCACCCCCAGCAAUAUCCUCAUGGUGUUCUGGGUGGCAGGUAAACUUUGUGCCUCGCUUCUUGAAAUCACAUGCAGGUCAUAGUGGGAGGAUCUUGACCGAUGUCACUAGUGCAGGGAGGUGCAAGUCUGGAACCACUCAAGUGCUCUGGGUUUGGGAACAGGGAAUUCGCUGAACUGGAGUGUCAGUUCAGUACUCCAGUCAGCAGGAGGGUUUACUAGCCAGAUGGCUUGUGGAUGGUUCACAUGAAAAGAACAUGCCUACAUAUCAUUGUUUUCCUCUUUACUGUACCUUCAGAACCAGUUCAGGUAUCUGCAGUGGAGUGUCUUCCUGUGUCAGAUGUCACCCCCUUUCCUUAAACUGCACACUGCCCCUUACCACCUGCUCAUCCUUUUUGCAACAUCUGGUGCUGUAGAUGCAGGUUGCCCCUUUUCUAGUCACACAUUAUGAUGCUGUUGCUUUGUACCAUACAGACACCUGUUGUCAAUACAGGACAGCGAUGAAGGGUCUCUGUAGGUCAAUCGCUACUGAUUCGAAUGAGGAUUUUUUUUGUUUUUAAGGAUGGCAUUAAAUUUUUGUUCUUGUUUUCAAUGUUUGUUGUAAAAGCAAUGAUGAAACUUUGUACCUCUCUCUGCAGUCCAUGUAAGCCAAACUGUGUGAUUUUUUUUUUGUGUUGUGUUGUGAAGUUAUUUUGUUACAUUCGUAUGUUAAAGUGGUUAUAGCUUAUGUAGUCAACAGGGCAAUAAAACUAGACAAACAGUGGCAUUUGCCCUGGGCCUUCCUCUGACCAUGAGCUAUAUACCCUUUUAUUUUUUUCACAAAAGAAAACGCAUCAUAGCCAUCACUACAGAAGAUAUAUCAGCACUUAUUUCACCAGCUUUCAAUGUCUCAAAGUCUUUGAAAAUUACGUUUGUCCUGCUAUUUUGUAAAAAAAAAAACAAUUAAAAAUAAUGUAAAUUGCAAUAAUAUUGACUCAGAGCUGAAUGUAUUGGUUGUUGGGUUUCUACUCAAUUCAGCAGCCUGACUCAAUCAAAAUAAAACAAAAAAAAAA